AUGCGGUGCUCGUCCGCCCUGAUCCGUCAGAUGUACUGGCGGCCUUCUUAUCUUGGGGGCCAGCAGCUAAGGAGAUGUUAUAGGAUACCAUCAGAGACGACUACAACGCCCCGCCCUAUAGCAACAGACUUGUCUAUACUCAAGGCCGCAGCUACUUCGGUUUUAUCACAAGAAACUCCGCGAGUAAGAUGGGCAGGGGUAUUUGGUGACUUCGCUGUGGGAGCAGAGAAUGAUUACAGUGUGGUGGAUGUAAUUAUUCUCUACGACUCUGACAAAGUUGGCCACAACAGAUGGCCCCCACAAUUACGGGACUUGGAUAAGAUUCUGCCUGUAGCUUGGGGUCGAAAUGCUGUAGUUGAGGAGUUAACUAUAAAGAAGGUGCCUCACUUUUGGUGUAUCGUUCAAUUUUUACAGUCUAGGGUAAUUUUUGGAUCGGAUGAUGACCCUAUAGUUAUGCAAGUACGUCAGGAAUGGCUUGAUAUUUUGGUAAAUGGGGCGAUGCAUUUUAAAUCUCUUAUACGUGAUAUAAACGAUAUCACUACCACUAUUCAGGGAAAGUCUCCAGAGAAAUUGUGUUCAGACUCUCGGCUCCGUCAGACGGUUUUAGAACGUAUCAUGGCCGUGCUCGAUACAAUCGAUAGAGACCUUGUUAAUGAGUGUUCAUCCAGUCCUUUCAAAGAACUACUUCAGUUCGACGGGCAACGUGACUACGACCUUAUUCAAGACAGGAUGAAGAGAAUUAUAAAGGGUAAUCAGACCCAAUCGAAGCAUAGUGUUGACCAGUCAGAUCAGUUAUGUAGAUCUCUCUGGAGACUGGCCACAGCUUCGGGUAGAGGGACGUUGGAUAGACUAGGCAAAUGGAUCGAGAUGCAUGUGAUAGCAGGCAUCGAAGAAGCAGUUGAGCAGCGUGGGCACGUUCAAUCACUAACACCGAAAGAGAGAAUACACGUUGAGUACUAUUAUUAUGCUUAG